CCCGGGGGGCCUGGACGGGGCUGGCUUGCAGGCCCCCGGCCCCCAUAUAAGGGCCCGAGCCCGCGGCCCGGCCUUCCUCACUCCCGGGAGCUUCAGCGUGUCACAGCCGCAGCCAUGAGGUGUCUCCAGCUCGCCCUGGGCCUGGCCCUGGUGUGUGGCCUCCAGGCCAUCGACAUCCCCCAGGCCACGAGGAACCUGGACCUGCAGAAGGUGGCCGGGAUGUGGCACUCCAUGGCCAUGGCGGCCAGCGACAUCUCCCUCCUGGACUCCGAGACCGCCCCCCUGAGAGUGUACGUCCAGGAGCUGAGACCCACCCCCGAGAACAAUCUGGAGCUCAUUCUGCGCAAACGGGAAGACAACAAGUGUGUUGAGAAGAAGGUCUUUGCAGAGAAAACUGAGUGCGCAGCCAAGUUCAACAUCAAAGAUCUGGAGGAGAACCAGCUCUUCGUGCUCGACACCGACUAUGACAACUACCUUUUCUUCUGCGUGGAGAGCACGGGCACCGCCCCGCCGACUCUGAUGUGCCAGUACCUGGCCAGGACCCUGAAGGUCGACAACGAGGUCGUGCAGAAAUUCGACAAAACCCUCAAGACCCUGCCCGUGCACGUCCGGCUCUUCCUCAACCCGACGCAGGUGGAAGAGCAGUGCCGUGUCUAGGGGAGCUCCUGCCUGACCUGCCUCCUGCGGUCCCAGAGAUGACAUCGUCCCCUUCCUGCCCCAUCAGAGGAAUCAGGAGGGACCGAGCCCACCCGGGGCUCCCGGACCUGCUCCUGCUCAGGCCGCGGGGUCCUCGGGGCCCCUGCCUUGAGCCUCCUCCUCCAGCAAUAAAGGGAUGAAGCAGC